AUGGGAAAAAAGGCCAUCGACUCCCGUAUUCCGGCGCUUAUCCGGAAUGGUGUCCAGGAGAAGCAGAGAAGCUUCAUUAUAAUUGUGGGCGACAAGGCCCGUAAUCAGCUUCCUAACUUGCACUAUCUUAUGAUGAGUGCAGACUUGAAGAUGAACAAGUCCGUGCUUUGGGCUUACAAGAAGCAGCUUUUGGGCUUCACUUCGCACAGAAAGAAGAGAGAGAACAAGAUCAAAAAGGAGAUCAAGAGAGGUACCAGAGACAUCAACGACCAGGACCCCUUUGAGGCAUUCAUCUCCAACCAGAACAUCAGAUACGUCUAUUACAAGGAGACCGAGAAGAUCUUGGGUAACACAUACGGUAUGUGUAUUUUGCAAGAUUUCGAGGGUAUCACGCCCAACUUAUUGGCUCGUACUGUUGAGACGGUCGAGGGUGGUGGUCUAGUUGUGAUGCUCUUGAAGUCCAUGACCUCGCUUAAGCAGCUUUAUACCAUGACCAUGGACAUUCACUCAAGAUACAGAACCGAGGCUCACGAUGAUGUGGUGGCUCGUUUCAAUGAGCGUUUCCUUUUGUCCUUGGGAUCGUGUGAGACCUGUUUGGUCGUUGAUGAUGAAUUGAACGUCUUGCCUAUUUCUGGUGGUAAGCAUGUCAAACCUCUUCCUCCUGCUGACGAUGGUGAGCUUACGCCAAAGCAACAGGAGCUCAAUGGACUUAAAGAGUCUUUGGCUGAUGUUCAACCCGCUGGCUCUCUUGUGGCUCUUGCAAGAACGGUUAACCAGGCUCAAGCUAUCUUGACGUUUGUGGAUGUGAUUUCUGAGAAGUCAUUGAGAAACACCGUCACCUUGACUGCCGGCAGAGGUCGUGGUAAGUCUGCUGCUCUCGGUAUCUCCAUUGCGGCUGCUGUUUCUCACGGUUACUCCAACAUUUUCGUGACUUCCCCUUCUCCAGAGAACUUGAAGACCCUCUUUGAGUUCAUUUUCAAGGGUUUCGACGCCUUGGGAUACACUGAACAUAUGGAUUACGAUAUCAUCCAGCUGACGAACCCGUCCUUCAACAAGGCCAUUGUCAGAGUCGACAUCAAGAGAGAGCACCGUCAGACCAUCCAGUACAUUUCACCAAACGAUAACCACGUUUUGGGCCAGGCUGAGUUGGUGAUUAUUGAUGAAGCCGCUGCCAUUCCCUUGCCUGUGGUUAAGCGUCUUAUGGGCCCCUACCUUGUCUUUAUGUCCUCGACCAUCAAUGGUUACGAAGGUACCGGUCGUUCGUUAUCGCUCAAAUUGAUCCAGCAGUUGAGAGACCAAUCCAGAAACAACUCCUCCAAUGAAGAGACCACCAUAGUCUCUCGUGACAAGAAAGGCAUCGACAUUGACACAGCAUCUAUGGCCAGAACUCUCCGAGAGGUGGUCUUGGAUGAACCCAUUCGUUACGCUCCUGGCGAUCCAGUUGAAAAAUGGCUCAACAAGCUCUUAUGCUUGGAUGCUACUCUCACGAAAAAUGCCCGUUUUGCUACCAAGGGUACUCCACACCCCAACGAAUGUCAGUUGUUCUACGUGAACAGAGACACCUUAUUCUCGUACCACCCAGUGUCUGAAGCAUUUUUGCAGAAGAUGAUGGCUUUGUACGUUGCUUCCCACUACAAGAACUCUCCAAACGAUUUGCAGUUGAUGAGUGAUGCCCCUGCUCACCAGUUGUUUGUUCUUCUUCCUCCAAUCGAUGCUGGUGACAACAGAAUCCCAGACCCCUUGUGUGUGGUUCAGUUGGCACUUGAGGGUGAGAUUUCCAAGGAAUCCGUCAGAAAAUCAUUGUCUCGUGGCCAGCGUGCUGGUGGUGACUUGAUCCCAUGGCUUGUUUCUCAGCAAUUCCAGGAUGAGGAGUUUGCUUCCUUGAGUGGUGCCAGAGUCGUCCGUAUUGCUACUAACCCUGACUACGCUGGAAUGGGUUACGGUUCCAAGGCUUUGGAGUUGUUGCAGGACUACUUCGAAGGUAAGUUUACUGAUAUCAGUGAAUCCAAUGUUCUCAAUGACCACCAGCUCCAAAGAGUUUCUGAUGCUGAAUUGGAGGGUGCCUCCCUCAAAGACGAGAUUCGUCUUCGUGAUGCUAAGGCUCUUCCUCCUCUUUUGUUGAAGUUGACUGAAAAAGCUCCAUACUCUUUGGACUACUUGGGUGUCUCUUAUGGUAUGACCCCACAAUUGCAUAAGUUCUGGAAACGUUCUGGUUUCGUGCCAGUGUACUUGCGUCAAACUGCCAAUGAGUUGACCGGUGAACACACAAGUGUCAUGAUCAAGGUGUUGAAGGACAAGAACGAUGCCUGGCUCCACGAGUUCGCCAAGGACUUCCACAAGAGACUCUUGAAUUUACUUUCGUACGAGUUCAGAAAGUUUACUGCCGUUCAGGCUCUCAGCAUUAUUGAAUCUGCUGAGCUGGGAGAAGGUGCUACUGAAAAGGCCAAAUUCGGCAGAGAUGAGCUUGAUGCUAUACUUUCGCCAUUUGACUUGAAGAGAUUGGAUUCUUACGCCAACAACAUGUUGGACUACCACGUCAUUCUCGACAUGCUCCCAUUGAUUGCAUCGCUUUACUUCACCAAGCGUACUGGCGAUAAGGUCGGUUUAUCGUCUGUCCAAGCAGCCAUUUUGUUGGCUGUUGGAUUGCAGCACAAGAACUUGGACGAUGUUUCCAAGGAGUUGAACUUGCCACCAUCCCAAUCUAUGGCUAUGUUCUCCAAGAUCGUUCGUAAGUUCUCAACCUACUUCCGUGAACUUCUAAGCAAGGACAUUGAGAAGAGCAUGCCUGCUCUCGAGGACGAUGAACUUCGUGAGAUGAACGGUGAGGAAGCCGUUAGAUACGACGCAGAAGCAGUUGAGCAAGAGCUUAAUGAAGACUUGAAUGCUGCUGGUAAGGAAGCUGUUUCUGAAUUGAGAACGAAACAAAGACAGCUUAUCGACGCUCUUGACUUGAGGAAAUACGCCAUCAACGACGAUGUCAAGGAGUGGGACGACAAGGCUGCCGAAAAGGCCGUCAAGGGAGACGGUGUUGUCAGUGUCAAGAGUAAGAAGACCAAGAGAAAGGGAGACAGUGCAGACAAUAUCCUCGAGAGCGAGAUGAAGAGCAAGUCUAAGAAGAGCAAAAAGAGAAAGUGA